GUGACAUGGAGAGCAUUGCAGCAGAGGUGCAGCUGCUGGAAGCAAUUACCGGCAAGCCCGGAAGCCCUGACUACAAGUCUGGUUGUCAUGAGGCAUCUGCGCAGCCGCUGACGACUGCUGUUGCAGAUAUCGUGUCUCGUGUGGCUCAAGUCGAGCAAGAGACUUCAACGAGGCGCAUGCGAAUGCAAGAAAUCUACAGCUGUGUUCAAGAGCUUCAAGCUCAAAUUGAGAAGCUCGAAGCUAAUAUCAUGCAGCCUGCGUGGAGACCGCAAACAUCUUUUUCCGAGGUGGACUCUUUGCUGCUUUCGCCGUCCGUGGCACCUACAGUUGCUGCAGACACGGUGCAUGACUUGCAGACGCAGGUCGGCGAGCUUGAAGUCGCGAGCUCUUUCCGGCAUCAGAGAGUGCAUGACCUUGCUUCUGCCAUGGAUGAGCUGCGCACACAGCUGCAGGAGGUGUGCGAAAAGGCUUCGGCGGUGGAGCUCGAAGGACGCAGGCUGACCUCAGAAGUGGAGGACGUGAGACUCUGCGUGGACAGACUGGAGCAUCAAAGGCAGCAGGCCGCAAGCGGGCAGAGCGUCGAGGCUGGACCGCUGGUGUUGGACGCUGCUGCCAAAUCCUGGAUGGAUCGUCAGGUCGCCCACGUUCUAGAUAGAGCUGCGGACAAUUUCGUCUCUCUGCUGGAGACGACGAACCGCCGCCUGGAUGCUGCGAUCACCAAGCAAGAGAGCGUAAACGAGGAGCUGCAGCACAGCACAUCGAAAGGUCCAGCAAAUGACGAUGUGGUGCAGCUUCUCCACAGCCUGAGGCAAGAGCAUCGCCUUGAAGCAGCUGCGCUCUGGGACGGCUUGGCAGACCUUGCAGACCACCUCGGUGCAGAUGCCGGACGCUUCUUGCAG